GUGCACACAGAGACCAGCAAGUCUUUCUUUCAGGACAGCUUUGCAAUGCAAAGAAAGGAGCUUGACAAAAGAUUCAUGUUCAACCAAAAAACAAGACAUGAGAUUGAGAUAGCAGGCACACGUGCACCUGAAACCUCAACUUUCGUUAAGGCAGCAACCUUGUAUGAGCAGUAGAUCGACUUAACUCUGUAAACCAGCUGUUUUCAAGCAACCUUUAUAAAGGAAAAAGGAGAUGGGUCGAAUUCCAUGUUGUGAAAAGGAGAGUGUGAAGAAGGGUCAAUGGACCCCUGAAGAAGAUCACAAGCUCUCAUCCUACAUCUCCCAACAUGGGACUCGUAAUUGGCGGCUGAUUCCCAAGAAUGCAGGCCUCCAAAGAUGUGGGAAGAGCUGUAGAUUACGCUGGACUAACUACCUUCGCCCUGAUCUAAAACAUGGUCAGUUCUCCGAUGCUGAAGAACAAAUCAUCGUCAGGCUACAUUCUGUCCUAGGCAACAGGUGGUCGGUGAUCGCGGCACAGCUGCCCGGACGAACAGACAACGAUGUGAAGAACCAUUGGAACACGAAACUGAGAAAGAAGCUUUCGGGUAUGGGAAUUGAUCCCGUGACUCAUAAGCCAUACUCCCAUCUGAUGGCUGAGAUAGCCAACACUCUGGCACCACCACAGGUGGCUAACCUCGCUGAAGCAACUCUCGGCUGCUUAAAAGAUGAAAUGCUUCAUCUGCUCACCAAGAAACACAUCGAUAUUCAAUUCCAAUCCCCUGCUCCUGCACCAGCGACGGUCAAUAAUAAUAACAACAAUAAUUCAAAACAUGAAGAACACGAUGAUGAUACGAUCGAAAAGAUCAAGAUAGGGUUAUCGAGGGCGAUUAUACAGGAAUCCCCCGAGACGAGGAUGACUCCAUCGAACAAAUUGCCAUGGGAGAGCAGCAAUGGAGCAUCGUCGGCGAACUUUCCGGGGUUCCAUUACGCAUUGCCGUCGUUCGGGCAUGAAGGAGAAGGUGGGUCUCCAUGGAGUCAGAGUAUGUGUACAGGAAGCACGUGCACGGCAGGUGAGCAGCUUCAGUCGAAAAUGGGAGUAGAUGAGAAUGGGGAUGAGUGUUCAGGAGAAAAAGAUGGACGAAUUAUGUUCAGCGGGGAGUGUGAGUUGUGGGAUCUACCUUCCAAUGAUCUCAUGAAUCCUCUCGUAUAA